AUGGCUAAAUUGCUAAAUUCACCCUCCAACAUAUUGGAGGAUCUUCAUCAACCACAUUCCCCCGUGGUAUUCACCAACAUCCAUGACGCCGCCUCAGCCAAGGCCAUAGUAUCACUGCCAUCGGCGAAAGCACUCGCAACUGCUGGUCAUGCUGUUGCAGCGGCGGCGGGCUUAGGGGACGACGAUUUGACAAUGGAAAUCAAUAUAGCAGCGGCAACUCGCAUAGCCUCUGUAAUCAAAGACUUUCAGAAACCAUUACAACUACUACAAGUAGGUGUUGCUGGAACCAAUCUCGAAGAUUACAAUAACACCACAAAGAAGAUGUACAGCUUGGAUGAAGCAGCCUCCAGAAUCAGGAGAGUCAUGGAUGUCGCUCAAUCUGCUGGAGUGGCCGAUUUCGUAGUCAACGCGAGAUUCGAUACAUUCCUACACAGGGGAGAGUUGGAAGAAGUUAUACAACGCGGGCAGCGAUAUCUGGCUGCUGGUGCGACUACGGCUUUUGAUGGGCGUCUUAACGUUUUGCUCAAAUUGUCGCCUGACGGGCUGACGAUCCCGGAAUUAGCUGAUAUUGGGGUGGCGAGGAUCAGUAUUGGCCUGACUCUACAAUUAAAAGCCAUGGAGAAGCUAAAGGAGGAAGCUGAGAACAUUCUGAAGAAGUAG